GGACUUUACUCCAUCUAGGUAUAUAUUAUAUAUAUAGGUAUAGGUAGAAAUUUGUAAUACAAUUCAAGAUGGCACUCCGCUUAAAACAAAGACAAUAUCUCAAUUUGACAACUUUAACACUGAGUUGUUGGAUUAUUCUUUUGGCGAUAAGCAUAGAAUGUGAAGGCAAACGGACGUAUAGGUCUUACAGGUCGACUAGGUCCACUAGGUACACCAAUACCACCACCUAUACUGGGUUCUUUGGUGGAGGUUCAACCGCAGGUGUUGUCCUAGGUGUAGCUAUCGUCGCUUUGUUGACCGGAUGCUUUUGCUGGAUGUGUUGCAAGAGGCUUAAAGCCUGGCAAGCCAAGGAGAGAGCCAACGCCAAUCGACGCAACCCAACUGAGCAUACGAAUAGAGCAUAUUCCCCCGAUGAACUGGAUACGACCCCUCCACCCUGGAUCCGCACCAUCCAGUUGCACUGUGCCCUGGAAGCAUUCCGCUGGGAUCCAGAGUUCCAUUCUUCAAAAAUCAUGAUGGAAAGCCCGAGGGUGGCUGAAUGUCUCGAAUCUGACCGUGGUGCCACGCAUGGUAUUAUGGGGUCACAUGGAAUGAACUAUGGACAACAUAUAUGGGAGAUAAACUUUUUAGGAGAUAACAGAAACGCCAAUAGGUCAGUUGGGGUAGCCAAUAGAGGAGCAGCAUUAGAAAAUAGCACAUCGGUCACACUAGUUGGAUACAACCUUUACUCUUGGGGCCUGAAUUUAAAAUCCAAAAAACUUUACCAUUUUGGGCGUCCAAUCGGUACUUACCCUAAUAAGGAUACCAAUUUUAAAGUUCCAACUAAAAUCCGAAUGUUUCUUGAUAUGAACUUGGGCACCCUUGCCUUUGGUACGGAGAAUGAAUAUUGGGGAGUAGCGUUCCAAGAUUUGCAGGGCGGUCGGGCAUCACUCUUCCCGAUGGUUGCCACAAAUCUGGCCUCUGACAAAAUGAUGAUUACGUACAUUGGCUCAACAUGUCCACCUAGUGAUGGUCUCGUUCAUGAAGGACUUCCAACAAUAACUGAUGGCACUCUACCGCCCUAUGCACUGCCAGGUGCAAGUCCAUUCAACCAGAUGUACAGCCCACCAUAUCCAUCAGAUGGAAGCAGUCAAAUAACCACGUCUCCGAUAAUUCAUCAAAACUAUGAGCCAACAUCCCCUGGUGAUCUACCUCCGUCCUACGCUGAAGCAAUUGCAAGUUCAACAGAAACAUUAGCAGCUAAUCCUGCAAUCAAUGCUAACCCUGCAGUUGAUGCUAAUCCUGCAGUUGAUGCUAAUUCCACAAUUAACAAUAAUCCUGCAAUAACAAUGAUCAGUGUCAUAAAUGAUAAUACUGCAAGACCCAACUCUGCAAAUAUAACAGACACAAGUCAUCCUAAUGCUGCUACCACAAGCGCUAAUACUGCUACCACUAGUGCUGAUACUGCUACCACGAAUGCAAAUACUACUGUCCCUUCAAGAGCAAAUCCUGCAGUCAUUUCAACAGAAAUUUAAACACAGUGAUGGCUUCCUAUGGACAAGCCCACUAUAAAUAUUACAAAGCAUUCCAGGGAGCAUAUAUGAAAACACGAACAAUGUGAAUUAUUUCACCUUUGACUAAGCCUCCAAACUCUUGAAAAUAAAUUUCCGUUUUCAAGAGAGCAAUUAGAUAAUUAAUCUUAUCUAAAAGCUUUUACUCUUCAUCACCCCAACUUUUCUUUGAGAAUCGGAGGAGUGCAUCUAUGUCAUACAGUGGUUCAUCAUUAUGUGUUAUGUCCCGGAUACGUUCAUCAAGAAAGAAAUACACCAUAUGUAUCACACUGUACCGACUGUGAAUGAGCUUGCAGAAAACGCUCGGUGCGGAUAUCAUGAGGACAAUGUGGAAUCAAUGGUCAUUUUGUAUUCAUGAACUCUUGAAAUUCUAUAAACUAUAUAAGCCAUGUUGGGUAUUCAAAUAUAUUCAUACAUGUAAAAGGAAAUUCCACCGAGCAUUUUCUGCACGCCCAGUCUACAUAGGGUGAGUAUUAUGCUCACGAAAUAUGGCUUAUUGAAGGACUGCUCCGAAGACACAAUAUUCGAUUUUGUAUUCCUAAGAAAAGUCCAACCGCUGAACACCGUCCACAAAAAAAGUUGGAGACUAAAACAAUAUGUAACCAUAGCACUUGCGGUGGUCACA